AUGCGCUUCCUUCCGUAAAAUCAAUCCAAAACGGGGCCCAGUUUAAAACCUCCCUACAAACCCUAUAAAGUAAGCCCCAAACCACCCGCUCCAUUUUCCACAACCUUCUCGUGCUCUUCAUUUUCAUCGCUUCAGCUUCUCAGUAGUCGGCAUUAUAGUCAACUAGUAUGGCAACCAGAAUGGCUGUUAGAUACAUAUCUCGUAGGUUCUCAAGUGGUGGGAAAAUACUCAGUGAGGAGGAAAAGGCUGCAGAAAAUGUUUACAUCAAGAAAAUUGAGCAAGAGAAAUUGGAGAAACUUGCACGCAAGGGACCCAAACCAGAGGAUACCACAGCUGCUGGUUCAGGAGGUUCAGUGACUGAUGCUAAGCCUAGUGACUCUACUUCAACAUCAGGAGCAUCCACUGAAAAAGUAUCGACUGAUAAGUACAAGAACUAUGCAGUUCUUGCUGGUGCUAUAACCUUGGGUGGUGCUUUGGGAUGGUAUUUGACAUCUAAAGAAAAGAAGCAAGAAGUUCAGGACUGAGUUUAAUGCAAUUGGAUUUUGGAUGUGGAACAUGGCAAGAAUAGUUACACCACACUGUUAUGCGGAGCAGUUGAAAAUAAACCAAACUUGUGAACAGUUAUGUUGUUUUUGAUCUGAUAACAGCUAUGUUUGAUUUGAUUGGCAAAGUACUUGCACAGUUCUAUUCCUGGCAAUGGUUUUCCUGAUGACAUUUUAAUGAAUCUGCCAUAUUAAUUGAUGUUUUCCAUAGCAUCUAUUCUGACA